UGUGAGAUCGUCGACACGGCGAAGGUGAACAGACCUCGCCGACCUGCGAUCGCGCCACGGCAGGUCGCUCCGAUCGUCCGGUGGGUGGGGUGAGACGCCGCGCCGCGUCCAAGAAUGUGGCUCUCGUAUUGAAGUCAAGUGCAUUUGAUGCACACACACACGCACGCACACGCGUACAUAAUGCCCGCUAACAACGCGGCGUCUAACGGCGCCAAACACGCGGUGGAGAUCAAGCGUGUGCGAGAGAGAGAGAGAGAGAUAGAGAGUGUGUAUGUGAGACGCACGCUUACGCGGGAAAAGAAGCGAGAGAGAGAGAGCGCUCGCUGUCCAGCGCAGUCGUGCAGAGUGGCAACGCACCGGUGCGGCGCACCGUUUUCGUUCGAUGCCCUCUCCGUGUAAUUUCAAGGACGCACGUGGUUUGAUGGUUUCGGUGGUUCAGAUUCACACACGCACACACGCGCAACCCCGCAACACGUAUGUACACACAGGGGAAGGGGGGAAGAACACUACUCUCCGGUCCGGUUUUCCAGUCGUGGCUUUCGUGGGACGUUUAUUCAUAGUUUACUAAUCAAAACCACAGAUUAAACCCCUUUUUUUGCUCUCUCUCUCUCUCUCUCUCUCUCUCUCUCUCUCUCUCAAUCUCUUUCUUUCUCUCUCUCUCUCUCUCGCUCUCUCUCUUUCUCUCUCUGUCUCUCUUUUUGAUACAUCUCUCACUACCAUCCUACCCCUUCACUCCUUAAUCCACAUUGCCCUGCGAUAACGAAGCGCGCGGCGUGAAUGUCACGAUGCGCGCGGCAUUACGCACAAUUCACGCACCGGUGAACAAAGCAGGCCGAGGGAAAGCAAUCGCACGCAAAAAAAAACCCGUCGGUCUCUCUCUCUCUCUCUCAUACACACUCACACGCAAAAGCACCGAAAAAAGUGGGUUAUUGUGGUGCGGGAGCGGGGGAAGAGGGAACGGCGAAGAGAGCGUGCGUGUGUGUGUGUGUGUAUUCGACUCGGCCGCUCGGCGAUAAAGCACACACUACCGAAAUGCGCUAAGUACACCCGCAGUUGGGUCUGCGUUCGCUGUGGCGCGUUUCGGUUGUGUGUUGCGCCGCCGCCGCUCUCGCCAGCCAUCGUCAUCGUCGUUGCCUACUACGAAUGCACGAGCGUGUGUGUGUGUGAGUGUGUGCGCUGGCUCGCCCUGCCAAAGCUUCGCCGCUUUCGGCUUCGGCCAUCGGCGGUGGAUGCAAUAAUAAACACUUCGCUGUCAGCCUCCGUGGCCGGUGGUGUGCACUUUCCCUCUCGUACUUGACGGCCGUACCGUCGUUCGGGGCCGUGGUCUCCGCUUUGCUGGUGUAGUUGCAUCCCCGUUCGCUAGUAGUAGUGGUAGUAGUGGUAGUUACUGGUGCCUGGAACAGUACGGUACAAUCGGCACACGUGAACGCACCCGUUCGGGACGACGGUUUGCUGCUGUUUUGUUUCCCCCUUCGUUCGGUGAGGCUGUGCUGUGAGUGAAAUUGUGAUGUCCCACACGACGGCGUGACGUAUUGUCGUUGGUCAAGGACGUGGAGUGUGUGCAUGCUUGCGUGUGUGUGUGUGUGUGUGUGCGUUUCGUUCUCGGUUGGCGCGGUGUGUGCGCUCGCCUCGGUGCACACGGCCAUUCCGCACACCCGCAAACACAGCACCGCGGACCGUGCCAGUGUCGGUUGCACUUUCCGUUUGAUGGCAUUUAAAGCGUUCGAAAGCGGUGCAACUACAGGGGGGAGUGUAAAGAGACACACUAACAACCCCCCACAAACUCGCCAUGCAUCCAAGUAAUCCAUGGAUCCGUGUCCAUUUGUGCGUACUCUCUCUCUCUCUCUCUUUAGCGGUGAGUGAUUGAGCAGCAGCAGCAAUAACCGCCAAAAUACUACACACUACAGUGUGUGUGUGUGCGUGUGAGUUAAUUUUGCGUAAUUUUGAUGCGUGUGCGUGUACCUGUGAGUGAGUGAAGUGUGUGGUAAGCGAAAUAGGCAAGUGUGGCUUUAUAAACACAAACACACCCACCCGCAAAGACCAGCAAAAGCAAAAGCGAUUCCGGUUGAAGCGAACUUGCCCCAAAACAAACAGAAAACAAACGAACAAACAAAAAGCCCCCGUUCUCCCCCCUAUCGUCGCCGCCUUCACAUGCAAGCCCGCACAGCCGUCAGGAUGAAGCAAGAAGUGGCGGUCGGCAUGUACGUGGACGAGGAUCGGGACGUGUACAUGAUCGAGCGGAAGGACACGAUCGUCGACAUCAUCCGGAUGCAGCAGAAGGCGGGCCUGUGGCAGACGCUGUCGGUCGACCUGGUCGACUGCGGGCCGGGCAGCCGGGAGGGCGACAACUACAUGUCGAUCAUCAAGCGGGUAAAGGCCCACUGUAAGGCGAAAUCGGUCGACGGGCGAAACCACGUGUUUACAAUUUCGCUGAUUUUUAAGCGUCAAAUCACCAACCCGAACCGGCGCCGGCUGUUCCGGUGCGAUGCCGCGUUCGAGAACGAGAUCACCGCGUACGCGAGCAUCGUCCCGGUGCUGCAGCGGAUAUCGCCGUACGAUCUGCCGUACCCGAAGUGCGUGACGGCCGGCAGCGACGAGCACGGCGAUCGGAUCGUGCUGGAGGAUCUGACCACGAGCGGGUACGCCAUGCUCGAUCGGCGGGUUGGGCUGAGCUACGAGCACUGCAUCGCGGUGAUGAAGGAGCUGGCGAAACUGCAUGCCGUCUCGCUCGCGAUGAAGCACGCGCACCCGCACGAGUACGCCGACGUCUGCUCGAAGAUACGCGAGAUCGUGUACUGUCCGGAGGCGGCCGAGUUCUACACACAUUCCCUCGAGUCGUCGCUGCGCGGCGCCCUGGACAGCCUGCGGUACAGCAACGGCGAGCAGGGCGAGCUGGACGGCCCGAUCCGGGCGGUGGAGGGGCUGACCGGCCGGCUGUACCGCAUCAUGUCCGCGCUGGUGUGCGACGGCAUGGACGAGGGCUGGCGCGUCAUCUGCCACGGCGACACGUGGGUGAACAAUCUGAUGUUUAGCGCGGACCGGCAGCACGUCCGGCUGAUCGACCUGCAGACGAUGCGCUGCACCACCCCGGUGCUGGACAUACUGCACCUGCUGUACACCAGCACGGAACACUCGAUGCGCCGGCAGUACGUGCCCGAGCUGCUGCUGCAGUACCGCCAGUCGCUGCUCGCGGCGCUGGGGGAGCAUUUCUGCGCGUGCGAAGAGCCGGCCGCGGCCGCCGCGCUGCUGCGCCGCUACGCGGACCAGUUUUCGUACGCCCGGCUGCGGGCCGAGUACGAUCGCUGCCUGCCGUACGGGCUCGGCAUCGCGAUGUGGCUGCUGCCGGCCGUCACCUUCAACCCGGACAAGAUACCGGACCUGGACGCGGUCACGAUUCAAGAUUUCAAGACGAAGAAGCACGACAAGCGCAUCGCCCAGAUCGUCUCGAACGACUACCACACGCGGAUGCGCGACAUUGUCCUGGAAAUGUACGAUCAAGGCGUGCUGCAGCGGCUCAAGAGCGACCGCAUCUAGGGCGGAUGUUGGGCACCGGUGCCGGCAGCGGUGUGGUGGCAUUUCACGCGCGAUUGGAGCGUAUUUGUGCCAGAAACGCUGUCCGAAUGGGGGAGAAGAAGACGGAGGGGGGGGGGGGAAUGGCGCACGGAGGGGACAUAGGCGAGAUAGUGGCACGGUGUUGGAUUCAAGGGCGCGCUCGGUGCAACACUUCGAUGUCGCCCAUCCAGUACAGUCAACCCGUUUUGUGUACCUUCCAUCACCACCACCACCACCGCCUCCCCGGGGCGGCCACUGUACAGUGUUUGUGUUAUGCUUUAGUCAGUAGAAAGAACAACAACUCCUACAAAUAGUACCGUACCCGGUUAGUGCGCAUUUCAGGCGUCUUAUGUGUGCGUUUGUAUGUAUGUGUGUGUGUGUGUGGUUGUGUAUUAAGUCGACAAUCGCCGCACGACGCCCGGUUCCGAAAGAUAGUGCAACCGACAGCAACUAACAACCAACAACAAAAACGCAACGUUUACAAUUCCCCGCUCCGCGAUUGGCAUCGGCCAGCGAUUGCGCAAUUGCAAAAAGAAGAAACCGGGCGGGCGGACAGAACCGGAAGAUCGAAGUCCCGAUCGCUGUGCCGGUGGAAUACAAAUUUGUGCCUACGCAUGCGGCGGACCACUUGCCACGUGGUGUGUGUACACCGCUCACUGCUUCAUCAGCCGCGCCGCGAUGAUGGACGGAUCGAUUGGAUUGGAGCAGAGUUUGCUAGAUCAGUAGUUACCAAUUAAACCUGUUGUUGAUGCGAUAAGCAAGAAACAAACCCGCCUAGUGUAAGAUGAUCUGUUUUUGUUCGAUUCAAUAAACAGCUGUUACUACA